UGGCUUGCACUCAGUAGUUAGAGAAGCUCUGCAGAUCGACAGCUUGCUCUGUCUCUCCUCCCUCCCUCCCUUCCUCUCUCCCUCUUCUCUCCUCUCCUCUCCUCUCUCACAAGCGCACGCAGUCGUCCUGACAGGAGCACACACUCUUCCGCUCUCCUGCUCUUUCUCAGAUUAAUUCCAGUCAUUUAUUCGUGCGUCGAGCAGCCCACACGGGGUUUGCAGAGACGCUCCGAGUUCGUUCGCUCACCCUUCCUCUCCCCCGUCCUGGGGAGUUAACCGCUGGAUUAGUGGACGUUUUUUUGUUUUUGCCCCCAGCAGCGGGAGAAGGACGGGCGAGGCGUGAGGAUGGCCCAGCAAGCGGCCGUGGGCCACCAGGACACGCUGGCAGUGCCGCCUAUGCCCAAGCAUGUCGGGUUGAACGAGGACCUGGUGAAGAUCCUGAGGGAGAACCUCCUGCAGCAGGAGCGACCCCGAGGGCACCGCCGCUCGCCCUCCUCUAUUUCGCCCCGGCUGUCGCCACGGAACUCCCCCCGUCUCCUCCGACGGAUGCUUCUCAACAACAACAUCCACAAGCAGAGGCGCUUCACUGUGGCACAUACUUGCUUUGAUGUGGACAAUGGCACCUCAUCAGGACGUAGUCCGCUGGAUCCCAUGGCCAGCCCGGGGUCAGGUCUCAUCCUCCAGGCCAACUUUGUGCACAGCCAGAGGAGAGAGUCCUUUCUGUACCGCUCUGACAGCGACUAUGACCUCUCACCAAAGUCUAUGUCUAGAAACUCCUCCAUCGCCAGUGACAUACACGGUGAUGACAUGAUUGUUACCCCUUUUGCACAGGUUCUGGCGAGUUUGAGGACUGUCCGCAAUAAUUUUGCUGCUUUAACAAAUGUACAACAGGAAAGGCCCAAUAACAAACCCCUAAAGCACCUGCGAUCUGACACCUUGCCUCCUUCUCUUCAUCCAGAGGAGGCCUACCAGAAACUGGCCACAGAGACCCUGGAGGAGCUGGACUGGUGCCUCGACCAGCUUGAGACCCUACAAACCAGACAUUCGGUCGGCGAGAUGGCAUCCAACAAGUUCAAGAGGAUGUUGAACAGAGAAUUGACUCACCUCUCAGAGAUGAGCCGAUCUGGUAACCAGGUGUCUGAGUUCAUCUCCAGUACAUUCUUAGAUAAACAACACGAGGUGGAGAUGCCAACGCCCCAGUCCCAGAAAGACAAGGAGAAGAAGAAAAGGCCGAUGUCCCAGAUUAGUGGUGUAAAAAAGCUAACGCACAGUUCCAGCCUUACCAACUCUAACAUCCCUCGGUUUGGGGUUAAAACUGAAACAGAAGAUGAGCUGGCCAAGGAGCUUGAAGAUGCAAAUAAAUGGGGCCUUAAUGUCUUCAAAGUGUCCGAAUUUUCUGGGAACAGGCCUUUAACGGUUAUGAUGCACACAAUAUUCCAGGAGAGGGACUUGUUAAAGACGUUUAAAAUUCCCCUCGACACGUUUAUCACCUAUCUGAUGACUUUAGAGGACCAUUACCAUGCUGACGUUGCCUAUCACAACAACAUCCACGCUGCUGAUGUCACACAGUCCACUCACGUCCUGUUAUCAACCCCUGCCCUUGAGGCUGUGUUUACAGACCUUGAAAUUCUCGCUGCCAUAUUUGCCAGUGCCAUACAUGAUGUUGACCAUCCUGGCGUCUCCAACCAGUUUCUCAUUAACACUAACUCUGAGCUGGCCCUCAUGUAUAAUGAUUCGUCUGUGUUGGAGAAUCAUCAUCUGGCUGUAGGUUUUAAACUGCUGCAGGAAGAGAACUGUGACAUCUUCCAGAACCUGACCAAGAAACAGAGACAGUCACUCCGCAAGAUGGUCAUUGACAUUGUUCUGGCCACUGACAUGUCUAAGCACAUGAAUUUGUUGGCAGAUCUGAAAACCAUGGUGGAGACCAAAAAGGUGACCAGUUCUGGGGUAUUACUGCUAGACAACUACUCUGACAGGAUACAGGUCUUGCAGAACAUGGUGCACUGUGCAGACCUCAGUAACCCCACCAAGCCGCUGCAGUUGUACAGGCAGUGGACGGACCGCAUCAUGGAGGAGUUCUUCAGCCAGGGGGACAGAGAGCGGGAGCGCGGCAUGGAGAUCAGCCCCAUGUGUGACAAGCACAACGCUUCAGUCGAGAAGUCCCAGGUGGGCUUCAUCGAUUACAUUGUUCACCCUCUGUGGGAGACGUGGGCAGACCUGGUGCACCCAGACGCACAGGACAUCUUGGACACACUGGAGGACAACAGGGAGUGGUACCAGAGCACCAUCCCCCAGAGCCCCUCUCCAGCGCUGGACACCAACAGCGAGGGCCGACGCACCGCCGGCCAGGAGAAGUUCCAGUUUGAACUGACUCUGGAGGAGGACGGAGAAUCAGACACGGAGAAGGACAGCGGCAGCCCUCCUGAGGAUGAGGAAGAAGAGGAAGAGGAGGAAAACAGCUGCAGUGACACUAAAACCCUUUGCACACAGGACUCCGAAUGUACAGAGAUCCCCCUGGACGAGCAGGUGGGGGACACACAGGAGGACGAGGAGGAAGAGGACGAACAGGAGGAGGAAAGGGAAAUUUCAGAACCCUGUGUUUUAGAGGAGGAGGAGGAGGAGGAGGAGGAGGAGGAGCACACUGCCAACACAUAACACAGUAUGACACAGCACCUGAACUUUUUUAUAUUAGAGAUGAGACACACUUAUUUAUGGUAAAGAUAUUCGUUUUUUUCAUCGUCUAUUUUACAUACGUCGUUCAAAAGUGCUUUUUAAAUGUCCGCCUUUAACCGUUUUUUAUUUUUCAUUUUUUGAGUUACAACCACUUUUACACUCAGGAAUAUCUUUUCCAUUUAAACCUGUCAUUCAUACAAACAAACGUAACAAAUGAAAGGUUAAAAAGCUUGACCGAUUGUGAGGUACUUUUAUUAUUAUUAUAAUAUUUUUUUUUCACUGAAUCAGUAUUUCAGAAACACUGAACUUAGAAAGCAGCUGUUUUUUCACCACCGAGACACUAUUUUUUCCUGUUUAUCUGAAGGAAAGCGGCAAUUCGAAGCAUUUUUGCAGACAAACACUGGAAGUGAAUACUUCAUGCUUUGGACUUCAAGUCUUCCUGAUGCCUUGAAUGUGUUAUUAAUGAUGGAUUUAGCUCUCUGUUGUGUUUGUGAAUCAUUAUUUGAAGCAUAUGGACAUGGUACCAAAGUGAAAAGAACUCACCAUUUACACAGACAAUACACUUUUUCAUUUAAAUUACCAUAUUUGGUGUAAAUAUGGUAGUUUGUGCAUCUUUUUAUUAUUCUUUAAAAAAAAAUUACCCUUAUUUUUUGCAUCCAAUCCAGAUCUGAAAAUGGUUCAUUAAAAAAAUAUUUUGUUUUAAACAAUUCGUUUUUCAGCUUAUCAAUAAUUCCUAAUUGUGGCCCUAUUUCAAUGUUUCAAAAUGUUAUUCCCCCAAGAACAAGAACUUAUAAUUCUGUUAUAAAAUAAGAGCUUGAAUAAGCCUUAAAUGUUUUGUUGCCUACCAGUAAUAUACAAGAACAUGCAAGCAAUGGAUUCAAAUGAAUCCUAAUAAUAAUGCUAUUUAUUAUCAUGUUAAUGAUGAAUCCUGAAAUCAACUGACAUAAAUGAAGAAGCUCAAUUUACCGGUUUGUGUUUUCACAUGAUCACGGGAUAUUUCACAAGUGUGAAUCUAGUUGCACUGUAUUUUUUUUUUUUUUUUUUAUUGUUGUAUUUUUUUCUUCAUUGUAUUUAUUUUGGACAUUUUUGCCAAACAUUACCAGUCGCAAUGAUUUUAAUUGCUGCUUUAUUCAUCUCUGUCAAGCGUUCUACUGUACAAACAUCCUCUUCAUUUGAUUUUGAUGCUAGCAUUAUUUAUUAAUGCUCUUUGAUGUGCUUUGAUGUAGCAUAUUAAAGUGUUUUAAUCAACUUGUAGCAUAAGCAGUUCAGGCUUAUGAGUCAAUUUUCCUUAAAAUAUUUUAAUUAUACAUAUGCAGUAGAUAUACUUAAUCAGAUGUACAAAAUUCUAUAUAAUAUUGAAGCCUUUUGAAAAGACCCCUUUUUCAUUGCUUUCUUUAUUCCAUGUAAAACUCAUUCUGUUGCCAAGUUUGCUUUUUUAUCAGAAGGUUUUUGUAUUGUCUACAUUGUUUCUCAUUUCUCUCUGUUUACAUACAUGUAUUUAUUGUGCUGUAUAGUACAUAUUGUUGAUCUUAUCAUGUGGUUGUAAAUGAUUAUAUCAUCCCUUUUGGUGAUGGUGUUGUAUUAUGGAACUCUUACUGAGAGAAUGUUUGUUAUUCUUAGUAUGUAAUGAUCCCAUUGAAAUGUGUCUCUAGAGAGAUUGCGUAGAGAAAGGGAAAGCCAAAUUAUAGUCAUUACUGUGUUUAUUUUUUUAUUCUUUCUUUCUUUUUAAAAGAAAGUGGUUCCGUGGCCUGAGGGUUGUGCCUUACAGAUAGCUCUUUAGAUUUUAUCCUCUUGCUGCACUAAAGAAACUACUGGCUGAAAAUCGACCUAGAUGUGUUUGUCGUGUUCCUCCUGUUUAUGUGGCAUAAAUGCUCCCAGACAAAAGUUGUCAGACCUCAUUGGACAGGGUAAAAACAGGCCAGUGUGAUGGGUUUGGGUUUGCAACCUGCUGUAAGAACCUCCAUCAUAUUUCCGUCUAUGCUGUUCAUUUGAGACAUUUGAGUUUCAUGCAAUAUGAGAGACAACAUUUCUGUUUGGGGAUUACAGGGCAUUUUGAUUCCCAGAUCCAGAGAGGGGUUAGAGCAUCCUUCAAAAAAGAGCCCAAAUGCUCAAUUUGGCACUCAUUUUGACACAUAUACUGUAGAUUCUGAUUGACCCUAAAUGGAUGAAAUCAGUGCGUCCUUCUGGUCUCUUUUUAAAUUAAGAGAAAAAUACACAGAAUUUGAACAAAUUUUAUUUAGGGAUAAUUAUUAUUAUUAUUAUUAUUAUUUUUUGUUAUGUGACUUGAAUGACAAAACUUGUCUGGAGGUUUCACAAGACCUGUAGUUGUUUAUUGGAAUCCUUGUUUAUCGCAGUCUAUCGGAUAGAACUGUAGAAAUACAAAUUUACAUACGAAAACUGGUAAAAUUCAAUAAAAAUGUUUUUAUAUGCACCAAAAUAAAAGCAUGGGUUGACUAUGA